AUGGCGCCUAAUUUAGAGAUUGCCAUACCUACAACUUCUCUAUCCCCCACUUCUCCCCCACACACAGUCUACCACAUUACCCUCCGUCUCCCUCUCCGAUCCUUCACAGUCUCCAAGCGUUACUCCGACUUCGCAGCAUUCCACGCGACCCUUAUCAGCCAGACCAAUGCUCAACCUCCAGUCCCACUCCCAGCCAAAUCCUGGUUCUCAAAGACCGUCUCCAACGAGCGCUUCCGCGAAGAGCGGCGCAUAGGACUAGAAAAUUAUAUCCGAGCCAUCAACGAGUCCCCAGACGGACGCUGGCGCACUUCACCAGCGUGGCGAGCAUUCCUGAACCUACCCACAGCCGCCUCCACAUCAUCCAGCGCAGCCAACUCCUCAACAAGACUACACGCCGCCAUUACAGACCCAGGUAGUGCGUCCAACGCCCCAAUCACCGACCCAACACUCUGGCUGGACUACUUCCGUGACCUGAAAGCCCACCUUCACGAUGCCCGCCUCGCCCUCUCACGCCGAGACCAGGAGACAACCCCGCAGAAACAGCAUGAGAGUUCAGCGCAAGCAAAAAGCAGUCUAGUCCGUGCGGGGUCUCUGAUCUCCACUCUCGAGGAAGGUCUCAAAAACCUCAGCGGACGCAGUGCGCAAUCCAAAAACUCCUCUGCCACGCCUAGCCUCGGUGACGGCGAGCUUCGCCGUCGAAAGGACCUGCUUAUCAAUGCUCGUAAAGAAAAGGACGGCUUGGAAGAUCUGUCUCAUGCUAUGGCGACUAAGAGCAAGCUCGACCAUGCUGUUGCCUCGAUUCAAGAUAAAGAGGCACUUCUGAAUGCCGGAGGGGAUUCUGGGAGUAACGGACGACGAACACCUGCGAAAUCUGGACGGAUCCUCGGGAAGGAGACCGAGCGUACGCGAGAGCUGGAUAACGAGGGUGUACUGCAGUUGCAGAAGCAGAUGAUGCUGAAUCAAGAUGCCAGUGUUGAGGAGUUGAUGAAGAUUAUUAUUCGACAGAGGGAGCUUGGAACGGCGAUUCACGAGGAGUUGAAUGUGCAGAACGAGUUGUUGAAGUUGGCUGAUGAGGAUACUGAUCGCCUGAAAGCCAAGCUCGACGUUGGUAAGAAGCGUAUCGGCAAGAUCUCCUAA